AGCCUGGUGGAGCUGCCCCGCGAGUGCCCGCAGGACUCCGGCGGCUCCCGUUUCUACGACGUGGGGCGCUGCCCGGCCUCGCCGUGCCCGGGCGGCCCCUCCGAGCCCUCGGGCUGCGGGCAGAGCUCGGGGCUGUGCUGCGGGGUGCGCAGGAUGGAGCUGCGGCAGGUGCCGUGCGCCGGCUCCCUGCUGCCCCUCAAGGUGGUGACCGAGUGCGGCUGCGGGCCCUGCGCCCAGCCCCGGCUGUUGGUGCGGGGCCGGGUGACGGCGGCCGACACCGGGGAACCGCUGCGCUUCGGCCACAUCUUCCUGGGGGCCACCAAAGUGGGCUUCACCGGCUACCAGGGCUCCUUCACCAUCGAGGUGCCGCCCGACACGCAGCGCCUGGUGGCUCGCUUCGUGGACGGCCAGCAGCGCUUGGUGGACGCCGUCAAGGUGCUGCCCUUCGACCCGCGAGGAGGAGCGGUGUACCACGAGGUGAAGAUGCUGCGCAAGAAGGAGCCGGUGGAGCUGGACGGCGGCCGGAGCAACUCCAUCCCCCUGGGCGAGGCCGGCGGCCGGGAGCCCGUCGGGGAGCUGCUGCUGCCGGCCGGGGUUUUCCUGCGGCCGUCCGGAGAGGUUUUUAACGGCACGGUCCAAGCCAGCGUCACCUUCGUGGACCCGCGGGAUGUGAGCACGGCCAGCGCCGCCUCCAGCGACCUGAGCUUCGCCGACGCCGAGGGGGAAAUCGUCCCCCUGCGCACCUACGGGAUGUUCGCCGUGGAGUUCCGCGAGGGCGGCAGCGGCGCGGAGCUGCAGGCGGGGCCGGUGCAGGUGAGGAUGGACGCGGGGCAGGUGUGGAUGCCGGAGCACCUGAAGAAGAUGAAGUUGUGGUCCUUGAACCCCGAGAGCGGCCUGUGGGAGGAGGAGGGAGUGCUGCGGCCGGCCGGCGGCCGGAGGAAGAGGGAGGAGAGGACCUUCCUGGUGGGCAACCUGGAGAUCCGCGAGCGGCGCCUCUUCAACCUGGACGUGCCCGAGGAUCGCCGCUGCUUCGUCAAGGUCAGGGCCUACAGCAACGAGAAGUUCAACCCCUACGAGCAGCUGGAAGGGGUGGUCAUCAACCUCAUCAACCUGGAGCCCCAGCCCGGCUUCCCCAGCAACCCGCGGGCCUGGGGCCGCUUCGACAGCGUGGUCACCGGGCCCAACGGCGCCUGCUUGCCCGCCUUCUGCGACGGCCGGCGCCCCGACGCCUACACGGCGCUGGUGACGGCCACGCUGGGCGGCGAGGAGCUGGAAGCCGUGGCCUCCAGCCCCAAGCUGAACCCCAACGCCGUGGGGGUGGCGCAGCCCUACCUGGGCAAGCUGGGCUACCGGCGCUCGGACCACGAGGACGCGGCGCUGAAGAAGACGGCGUUCCAGAUCAACGUGGCCAAACCCGACCCCAACGACGCCGACGAGAGGAACGGGCCCGUCUACUCCUACCGGAGCCUCCGGGAGUGCGAGGAGGCGCCGGUCGGGGCCAACCACCUGCGCUUCUACCGCGUGGAGGUGGACAGGUACGAGUACAACGUGGUGCCCUUCAAGGAGAGCGACGUCACCUCCUGGACCGGCGAUUACCUGGCGUGGUGGCCCAACCCGCAGGAGUUCCGGGCGUGCUUCAUCAAGGUGCGGCUGGAGGGGCCGCAGGAGUACAUGGUGAGGUCGCGGAACGUCGGGGGCAGCCACCCCCGCACUCGGGGACAGCUCUACGGGCUGCGGGACAGCCGGAGCGUGCGGGAUCCGCUGCUGGGCGACGCCUCGGGAGCCUGCGUGGAGUUCAAGUGCGGGGGGAUGCUCUUCGACCAGAGCCUGGCCGACAGGACCUUGGUGUCCAUCGUGCCGCAGGGCAGCUGUCGCCGCACGGCCAUCAACGGGCUCCUGCGGGACUACCUGAGCCGCCACCCUCCGCUG